AUGACUCGUUCAAAGGCAUUCCCUAAGAGGCCUUUGUCCUUGAGCUUGGUUAGGGUUCGUCAACGAGGGGACUUUCCAGAAUUCGACAAGACUUCGAUUCAUGGGUUCGAACACCAUUUCGAAAAGAUCAAAGAUUUGCUCCUCAAGACACCUGAUACUGAUAGUAUCAGCACGAUUGGCAUUGUAGGGACGGGCGGUUCAAGUAAAACUACUCUUGCUCAAAUGGUGUUCAAUAGCCCUCAAGUCCAAGGCAGUUUCUCCCCAAUUUUAUGGGUUGAAUUACCUCAAUCUCUGAUUAAACCCCACUUAAUUGUUUUCGCCCUUCUCAAAAGCUUGGCAAGUGAUUUUUCUUGGUGUGGCAGUGCUUUUGAUCUCAAUGAGCUUUUGCACAACCGACACCGUUGUUUGCUUAACAACAAGUAUUUGAUUGUGUUGGACAACAUGUGGCAUGCAAAUGAUUGGUACUUUGAUUUGGAUUCUAACUCCAAGCUGCAGAUAGAAGGUAACGAAAACUACACUCAUCUCUCACAUGGCUUGCCAAAGGGAAGUGGGGGUGCCUUCAUCGUCACUAGUAGACUCAAGGAAGUGGCAAGUAAGAUGGUCGGUAAGCGGAAUUUGUAUCCCCACGAGGCCACAUUGGACAAAGAGUCAUGUUGGUCCAUAGUUAUAGAUUCAAUGGAAAAGAAGAUUUCAGAUCACUGGAUAUUAGAAAAAAUUAAAGAUGACAUGGUAGACAGGUGUGGUGGUCUAAAGAACAUUUAG